AUGAAGCCUGUCACAGCGCGUCCUAUACGUGUCGUGGGCUGGAGUCUCUCGAAGAAUGCGCUUCGAGCACCGGCACAAACACAGUGCUCCCUCUUCCCUAAAUCCGGCAGGACCGAGCGGAGGUCAUUUUCAAGCUUCGCCCCCUUCCUCCAGCAAUCAGGAGCUCGCAACCAAAUCCUCGCCGCCUUCCGCACACCACCACAGUUCCACGACGCGCUCCGGCUGUGCUCCGCCAAUAACACACUGCUUCUCUCACUCUUCACCACGUCGACCUGCACACCGUGCCGGGUCAUCACGCCACUACUAACCUCGCUGGUCGAGACUCGCCCGCCCUCGCCCGCUGACAAGUACGCUGCGCUGGCGUUCGCCGAGGUCCAGCUCGACAGUCCCGACAGGAGCAACGGAUCCAUGAUGGACCUGGGCGUUGAGUAUGGUGUCACCAGCAUGCCGACCCUGAUUGGUUUUGGAGGUAGGAGGGCCGAGAAGGUUACCGAUAGGGUUGUUGAUACUAGGCUGUUGAGUAAUGAGGCAAGCUUGGCGGCGUGGUUGGAUGAGCAGAUGGGGAAGGGUGAUCGCUUUCCUGGCGGCGGCGGUGGUGGCCAGAAUGGGACGGGCUCGACAGGGGGCCUGUUGAGUCGUAUCUUUGGUUGA